AUGUCUCAGCUAUCCGACAUCUACCCAUCGUCUCACUUCAAUAGUUCAGACGGGGUGUCAUAUAACGCGCUACAUUUCCUCCUCCCCGAAGACUCCCUCUCCCAACGCGAAAGCCAGAGCCAGAGCCAGAGCCAAUACCAAUCUGAAAGCCAGUUUGGAUCAGUUCCGGAUCUUCUAAGCCCUCAGUCACACAUUACACCACUCGCUCCAGACACCCUUACCCGAAUUAAGCCUGACCGUAUUAUCGAGUUUAUUAUCUGUACACCAGAAAUGACAAAGGAGUUCGUGGAUUGGUGGCUUAAGACUGGCUAUGGCCGAGAGAAGACCAGCACCUACCUUUACACAACAAAUAUGGGAGCAGAAGCUACUUAA